AUGGCUUCAAAACAUAUCGAAAUUGCUACCGAGGCAGUGGAGGAUAUUACAGGUGCCGAUUUCAUUCCUAUUUAUAUCCCCGACAGGCUUCAGGAUGAUUCCCUUAUCAAAUAUUUCGGAUUGAGGUUUCAUGAUCGAGAGGCUUUCCUUUUGAAUCUCAAUGAUUUUAUGGGUACAGAUGCCCAGAAAAAGAAAAAGAAGAUUGAAGCACAUCGAAUCACGGAAGAGCUCGAUCGAAUCGAGAAACUUAGAUUAAGCUUUGCUUCAACACCCGAAAAUGCACUUCGUAUGUGGCAUUAUGAGAGAUGCAGAUCCCAGUGGAAGAAUCAUGCUAUCGAUUCGAGAGAGAAAAAUAUAAGAACUCUCAAGGAGCGAAUCCAUGAAGUGGAGCUUGAGGAGCAAGAGUAUAUGCGACGAGAGGAAUGGGAACGGCAAGUCUUGGAGAAGGUUGGGAACUGGAACAAAGCUCCUAUUCCUGGACAGCCUAAUGAUCCAGACGAAGGCAAGAGAGCACAGGAGAAAAGGGAUCCAGAGAAGAAGGCCCACGAACGAAAGAAAGCCAGCACCAAAACUCGUCUGACCCGUCUCAUAUCUACACUCCGUGGGGGCAAAGAUAAUGAAGAGGAAGCGAAACCAAAGCCAAAGAAAAGGAAGAGAAGGAUCAAUCCGCAGAGUGACCCGAGACCAUGCCCUGAUGAUUCCUACGGACUCACAAUCACGAAGAUUACUCUGAGAAGAUCAGAUCCGGCUUGUAACUCAUCCUUCAUGAGCUAUGAGAUGAAGAAGUAUCCGUUGAAUGAUUGUUUGUUCAAAGAAGAGAACAAUCCACUGACCGAGGCAUGUGAACCAAACACUAUUCGAUAUUUUCACAUUCCCGCUAAUAACAUGCAUUGGAUUGAGGAAGCCAUCGGUCGCUACUAUGGUGAGAAGACGCCCGGGGAGUACAACUAUCGUCAGGCCCCGAAUUACCUCACGAAAUCAUCUGAUUUUCUCUGUCGCGAGUUCUGGACCUCAUUACAACAUGGCGGCAGUUAUGAUCCAGUCCAUGCUAGACAUAUGCGUGCACAUUGCUCUCGAAUAUCUCCCGAAACGACGUGUACCAAUGGCGGCAAUACUAGUAAUUUUAUAAUUUUUAUGCCCUACUUGCAUUGGGAAAGUCACAAGCGACAAAAGAAGAUAGCCGAAGAGACUAUGAAAAUCGCACAAAAGCAUCAGGAAACCCAAUCCCACGACACAGAAAACUUGAAAGCCGAAUUUAUCAAGUUGUCCGAGCAAAUCAAGAUUAAGCACGCCCGGGCACUGACUGGAUUUGAAACCAAAGACGAACACGAAAAGCAGAAAGAUAAUGAGAAGCCAGCACAGCCAUUGACACGAGGGCCGUUGGGGAACUAUCUAAUGCACAUUGCCAAGCUUUACGAUGCCAUGGACGUCGAGCCGGAUGUCAGGCUACUGCGGGAUCACCUGUUUCAAAAGCCGCCUCUUCAUUCCCGGAGAACACUAGACCAGUCAUAUUAUUGGAAGCUUCCAAAUACCGAUGGAAGAGAUCAAGAUCAGGUCGUGUACCGAGAAACCAAAGAGGGAAAGAACAUCUCCAGGACUACUCGAGUGGUCAUGGUUGAUCAGCUGUGGAUGUACAUUCUCGACAACAAUACUAUUAUUACAAGCUUUCCUAGACGGUGGGGACGAAACAAACCAGAUCUUUCUGGUGUUCACAAAGGAAUCCGCGCCCGCCUGGACCACCUCCGAGUUGGGCAAGUGCAAUCAGUCUAUGACCUGGGGUUGGUGAUUAUGAACCAGUGCUCAACCGUAUUUUUCGACUUGACAAGACCUGUAGAUGAGCGCCCCGAAGUUCUCGAUAUUUUCUCGAAUGCUCUCAGCCAUGUAUCAGGGAUGACAACUGUGGCCUACGCCACCUUCUGGCACCAUCUUGACAGACUAAACGCAAUAGAUCAUCAUCUUGACUUCGAAGCAACAGCUCGCUCGUAUUUGAAUAUCAAUCCAGAGGGCGAGCUGUUGAAGGAGGCUCAUGACAUAAUCGAGGAGCUACGCAUGAUGACCCGAAUCUACACCCAGCAAUUGAACGUCCUCGAGGACUUUUCAAGGCAUCUCGAGAACAUACACCAGCAAGAUGAGAAGAAGUCGCCCAUAGAAUUACGGGAUAUUAUGCUCGAUAUCAAGAACCUAUUAGGGACGAUAAAUGCGCCGCACAGUGCCGAAGAUCCUCUGGCCGCGCAGCAUAACCACUCUCCUACUCAAAGUGGGUCUGUUCUUCCAUACAAAACGCUCAACGGAAACAGUACAGGCAAUGAUGCUAGCUCGAUCUCGGAGAGUACCGUGGAGUUUGCCAAGCGAGUGUGCAAUAACACUAGACUUCGGAGAGUAGCAUUGCUGGAGUUGGAGGAGAACUCCAUUUCUGUAUCUGAUCAGGUAUUUUCCUGUUCCCAAACUUCCGAUCAUCAGCCCGCACAUUGCCUUGUGAAUUUACCAAUCGAUGCACACAAACUAAAACGUGUCCAGCUUAACCACCUCCUAAGUCUCAAACAACAACAAGCAAGCAUCAUUGAAGCUAAAUUAGCCCUGAAACGUGCCGACGAAAGCGUAAUCCAAGGCCGCUCCAUCAUGCUCUUCACAAUCGUCACCAUCAUCUUUUUGCCCCUCUCAUUCAUGACUUCCGUAUUUGGCAUGAACUCCACCGAGUUCGAGACGCCAGGAGGGGGGAAUAGUAUGUCAUUAAAACAUCAAUUCAAGCUGAUCUUUCCAAUCUCAGUAGGUGUAAUAAUCGUCUCCAUCUCCCUCGCCUUCUCCCCCUGGAUUCGCAGCAUCAUCGGCUUUGUCACACACAUUACAUUUGCCAGUAUAGCGGAAUACACAUACAUCCGCCAUAUCUGGCUGUGGCUUAUCACGAAGCCGGCGAAAAAGGGGAAACAUAGUCCUGAUGGCAUGUAUAUGAGGAAACAGGAUAUUGUGAAGAAGAUAUAUGAUAGGAAGGAUAGAGAGGUUGCGAGGAAACAGAGGGAUAUGGCGGGAUUUAUAGAGCGGAGGGCUGAGAAGAAGAACUUGGAUGACAGCGAGGAUGAGGGUGGUUGCUUCGGA